AUGGCACUGCUCGGCACAAUAUUCUAUGUAGCGCUCCUACUCAUCAACGCCAUGGCCGUCCUGAGCGAGGACCGCUUUCUCGCGAGGAUUGGCUGGUCAUCCUCGCAAACACGGAACGCUGCAUUCCAGCAGCCGUACGAUCCUACUGGCUACGGAAGUCCACCGCAGGAUAUCGGAGUGAAAGCUCGUAUCGUAGACUUGAUUAGUGCCGUUCGAACGCUCAUGCGAAUCCCUCUAAUAGGGAUAAAUAUUGUUAUUAUUGUCUGGGCAAUAGUGUUCUGA